GUAGUAUUUUAAGGCUCUUAAAAUAUAUUGAGCUUUCUGAUAUAAAACCUUUAUUUGUUUCCUUUCUCUGAGUUUAUUUUUGUAUAAAAGGGCAGUCAACAUAUAAAAAUUCUGUCUUGUUGUUAGUUGGGAAGCCAUAACUACUCUUCAUUAGUUGUCUAAUGUUACUUGUCACAUCAAUUUCUGACUCUGCAAUGUUCUGUCUUACAAAACUCUCAAAAAUGGUUGCCUUGACAGGAGUUGGUAUAGGUAAAAAGCUUUGAUCUACAUACAUUCAUUACCUUUUGUUGAACCUGUAAUCUAAUCAUGUCAAUGUGGUUGAGGUUCAAUCACCCUAGGCAUUCAUUACUAAGAUGAUAUUUUAGUAAUAUUUCAUAUUAUUUUCAUAUUGUGUAGGGUGUGAAGGAACAUGAAGGAGUAGAGCCAAAUAGGAUUGAGUUCUACAAAAGUACCCAUUACUCGAGUGAAAAAGGAUGGUCAUCUCCAGAGGCUGAGACUAACUACAACAAAAUGAGAGAUUUGAGAGCUCGGUCUGUUUCUGAAGAGAAUCCAAUGACUAUUGAUGAAAUUGUUGAUAAUGUACUUGGUACAAGGUCGGGAUAUAUUAAAGGUCUUGGUUAUGGUCCAAAGCCUAAUACAACUACAACAACAAAAAGAAGGACAACAGAAUUAGAGGAUGCUCUUAGGAGGGCAAAAGAGGAUGCUGCUACUACCCAACAUGGUUUACAAGAACGUUUGAAUGUAGCUGAAACUGAGGUAGCAAAUCAGCAGAUACAGAUAAAAACAUUAACUUCUGAGCUGGGUACUCUAAGGGCACGCCAAGAGGAAAUAUUAAACCAAAUGAAGCGUCAUUUUAUUGGCUCAUCACCAUCAAGUGAAGAUUGAGCCCCACCAGAUUAUCAACUUUGGGUACACUAAACUUCACACUAUUUAAUUUUUUUCUCAUUUUUAUUUACUUGUAUCACAAUUUAUUUAUUUGUUUCACCAAUUAAACUCUACGUCUAACAAGAAGUUGUAGUUUAUACCAAUUAUAUCUUAUUUAUACCAUGAUACCAUAAAGUAUUAACUUAAAUCAUAAUUUUUUCUCUAUCUUUUAUACAGGUAUAUGGAGGAAACUAUUGGAUCAAGACUAAUUGCAAGUGAAGUGUCACUGCAUUGCUCCACUUCUCAGUCCUAGUUUAGGAGUAAUAUUUCUCAAUUAGACUUACUUCUCAGUCCUAGUUUAGGAGUAAUAUUUCUCAAUUAGACUUUUACGUUGGACAUAUUUACUUUAACUAUGUUUCUUUUAAUUUAAGGAGCUUUUAUUUCAAUAUAGUUUUAAUAUUAGUUUUA